CAGGAGUGUUCCCCUCUAGUCAAUACGGAAGUGACUUUGGAGUCUGAGUGGAAGACCUGUGUGGAAGUACGCGUCUCGGGGCCUGGUGUGAAAGUGAAAGUAAACGAUGGCCAACUCCAUGACGGACGUGCCCCUCGAGCUCGAGCUCGCCUGCCCCGUUUGCAAAGAAUUCUUCCGGGAGCCCAUGUUGUUGCCCUGCGAACACUCCAUUUGCCGCAGUUGUUUGGAGAGCAGCAUCGCCGUGGGUCGUAAAACUUGUCCUCUGUGUCGGAAGGCGUUUGAGGAGGACCAACCCCGGAAAGAGCGAACAUUUCACAUGGUCAGCGAGUCUUAUCAGAGACACCGACACCUGUGGGCUGAACAUCGUCCUUCCGAGGAGAGCUGUCGUCUCCACCUGAAGCCGCUGGAGCUCUUCUGCAGGAAUGACGAGGUGCCGGUGUGUGUGGACUGCUCGUCCCUCCAUUCCAGACACGAACUGCUGCCUCUGAAAGAUGGGGCGCAAGAGUGCAAGAAGGAGCUGGGCUUCAUCGUCAAGAUUUUGGAAAGCAGAAUGGUGGCCCACAAGAAGUUGGCAUAUGACCUUGACUGUGCCGGGAAGUUCAUCAAGGAUCAGGUUGAGAUGGUGGAGAGUCAGAUCAAGGCAGAGUUCGAGAGGAUCCAUGAAAUCCUCAGAGAAGAGGAAGCCUCACGCCUACAAGCUCUCGCCCACGAGGAAGCGCAGAAGAGAGCUGCCAUAGAUGAUUUGAUUGUCUCCACUAAGAAAGAUGUUGAGGCUUUGAAUAAACUCAUCAACAACUUGAAAAAGGAAAUGGGAAAUGAGGAUCUACCCCUAACAAGGAAUUUCCAGGGACUUAAAAGAGGUUCUGAAUGGACUGGUAAUGAUUGCACUUUCCCAGAUGGCUCCUUAAUAGAUGUCCACAAACAUCUGGGCGCUUUGAGUUACAAAGUCUGGUUAGCCAUGAAGACCCAUGUCAAAUAUUAUCCAGUGCUGCUUGACCCAAACACAACCUCUCCCUGGCUGUGUCUCAGUCCUGACCUCACCACGGUGAAUGAGAGCCCCGAACGACUGACGGUCCCGGACAACUCGGAACGCUUUGAACCCUGUGUCUUUCUUCUGGGGGCUGAAGGUUACACUUCUGGAAAGCACAAGUGGGACGUCAUCGUCGGUGACCAUCCCAAGUGGAUGGUUGGCGUCUGUAAGAAGUCGGUGCCCCGUAAAAAGAAGUUCACUGUGUGCACCACCCGAGGUGUGUGGUCUCUGGCGUUCAGCAAGGGAGUGUACACUGUCCUAACACCCGAGCGCACUGAGCUCAAAUUGCAGAAGCGUCCAGAGAGAAUCCGUGUUCGACUGAACAUGGACAAAGGCGAGGUGUCAUUUUGGGACGGGGACACACAAGAACACCUCAUCACUUUAACAGCCCAAUUUAAUGAGAGAAUAUUUCCUAUUUUUGGACCAGGUCUACAAAGCCAACCGAUGAUGCUGGCCCCUGGGAAAAUAGCUGUCCACACUUCUUAAUAAGCACUACACUGAGGUACGCUUACAGCCAAUCAUACAUGCCAUUAUUCAGCAUGUGCUUGUGAUCGCAAUGAAACGUGAUAUCAAGUAUUACUUGAAAGAUGUGCAUGUCACCGUGCAUUUGCUUUAUGGCGUUUCCCUGUUACUUUUUGUUUGUAAUCGGAAAAUUCAUCUCUUAGCAUCUGGUUGUUUCUUUCGUCAGUAUUAAUCACCAGUUAAUAAGUGCCGAUUCAUCUUCAAGUAAAUAAUGUAUCAACUAUAUUUUAUGUUCCAAAAAAGUGUCUUUGGCAAAGUUACAACAUUCAACACUCUUUUCUUAGAACGUGUUUAAUGAAAACAAUCAGGCAGAUAAAAUGAAGGGAGGCCAUGCCAAGAUGGUAUCACGCAUUCUAGUAAUAAUUUGGUUUUCUCAGCUUUCAUGUGCACAUGAUCGUUGAAUGCGGGGAUAGUGAACGUUGCAUAGCCAAGUUAAGAUACAUUUGUGGUGUUGAAGGUUCUCUGUUUCACCAGCAGGUGGAGCUUUAUUGAGCUUUUGUUGCCACCACCAAGGUGUUUUCCGCUCUAGAUUUCUUUGCCUGUCUGUGUUCAAAAUAGUUUGAAAUGUUAAGGGCGGAUAAGUGAAAUGCCGGCAGUCACAUGUGGCCAUGUUUAACCAAUUUGAUUUUCAAGUUUGUGCUGAUUCUACUUGGUGGAAGUUUGAACUCUCUGAGUGCUUUUCUAGUUUUCAACAUGUUCCUGUUUUGAUUCAAUGAGACAGCCCAUUGUUAAAGUAUUGUCAAAUGACCCAAUAUAAAAUAAAUAAA